AUGGAAAGUCAUCAAGAAUUAAUGCGAAUUGCUCACCGAAGCAAAUGUAUUACAACUGUAGUUGAGGAUUAUGAGUUCCUUGCCACGUUACUUUCGCAUUUGCUCCCAAUACCCGAGAAAGAACCUGUCCGUGAUAAAAUUUUUGACACAGGGCCUGUUAAAGCAGCUGAUCUACAAACACUCUAUAAGAUCAGUGAAAAAUGCGAUAACGUUUGGACUGCAAGAGAAGGAAUUGACUGGUUACUAUUCUACUUGUUCUAUCGUCGUUACGGAUGGGAAGACGUGACGUUCCAUCGGGACAAGGUGCAGCUGUUUGCACCAUCCAUGAUACAACGCCUGCGUAUCAGUUCGAGGGCGGAAGAGUUGCGAUUCUACGAGCGUGUCAAGUCUGUGGCCAGUGACCUCAUCACUUGGUUCGAACAAAACCCAUUGCGGCUUACCUCACUGAAGAUGAUGAAUAGCGCCAUAAGAAUUGGUGAGCCACAUAUUCAUGCUAUAUUCUUGUGCUACCAGUGA